AUGAACAGCGAGUUUCGUCCCAAGUUGGCGCCGACUAGGAAGCCUGUCACCUAUCUCGCCAAGGUUCCAACCUUUUUCAUCUUCAAAGACUCUCUUAAACCACACACCACCGUCCUAAUAGGCUCCAUCUUCCAACUCUUCCUCUCUGCGACUCUUCCUUUCCGCUGGGCAGUUGUCCCCUCCGCCAUCGUCCUCCUCAACUCGAUCAUCACAACUGUCCUUCAACUCCGCAGUCCGAAACCGAACGAGUACACCGCAGAUACCGUUCCUGGCCGUGCGACAGCUCAGCUCCCCUUCCGAGACGGCAGCUUUGGAAAUAAGCCAGGUGCGAGUCCCGUCGUCGUCUUCAACCUCGGCGUCCAGUCCAACCAUCCACUUGGCGUCGCGGCGCCGCACUUUGACAAGGUCGGAGAUUACUUCAGGGCUCUGCACAAUGACCUGACAGCCCGCCGGGAUGAGUUGGGCAUGCUGAGCUACUCAAACUGGCGAGGUGAUGAGCGAACUAGUAACAACACGCUCCUCCUGACGUACUACUUUCGCGACGUUGAGAGCGUGAACCGCUUCGCCCACGAGGAACUGCACCGUAAGGCGUGGGAUUGGAUGAACAAAGAGAAGCUAGCACAUAUCGGCAUCUUUCACGAGACGUUUUGCGUACCCGCGCAUGCGUAUGAGACUAUCUAUGUGAACUGCCACCCAGUCUUGAUGGGGAGGGCAACAGUCAAGACAAAAGGGGAAGAGGAGACUUGGAUGAAUUCUCUUGUAAGUGCGGAUGUUCCUGCAUUGAAGACGCAAUGGGCGAGGUUGUCAAGGGAUGCAAAGGGAAAUCCUAGGGAGAAUUGA